AUGGUGGCAUGCUCAGACUCGUGGUACCGCAUGUCGCCUGGCAAGCGGGUUGUGUAUGCAAUCGCGGGCAUCAAUGCCGCUGUGUUUGCAAUGUGGCAGGUACCGCGGCUGAUGCCCAAGAUGACCAAGUACUUUUUGCAUGAUCCGCGGACGGGCCGUGCAUACACGCUGCUGACCAGCACGUUCAGCCACCGCGAGGUGUGGCAUUUCGCAUUCAACACCAUUGCGCUGAUGUCGUUUGGGUCGGCUGUUGCUGACCGGAUGGGCGCCGAGCAGUUUACUGCAUUCUACCUGUCGGCUGGUGUUAUUUCUAGCCUGGCCAACCACGUGCUGUCGCCGCUACGGCCGCUGGCGAUUCUCCCUGCGCUGGGGGCGAGUGGAGCCGUGUAUGCGGUGGUCGGUGCGACCAUGAUGUACUUUCCAAACUCACAGAUUGCGCUCAUAUUCCUGCCGUUCCUGCCAUUCACCAUUAGCCAGGCGUUCCCAUUGCUGAUGGCCUAUGACCUAGCAGGUGCUGUCCUCGGAUGGAGCACAUUUGCGCACUGGGCGCAUCUAGGCGGUGGUGCAUUUGGCAUGGCCUAUGUGCAGUGGGGCGAGAAGUGGUGGCGUGAACUCGUCAAGACGGUUGAGGCUCGGCGCCUAAAGUAG